ACGGGAUGGGAUAAUACAGUCCACGUCCCCUCCCCGACAGCCAUAAAUGAUUCAAAUUACUGAAUAUAUAUAAUUAUAACAUGAUUUAACAACACUGAAAAAGGCACAGUUUUGUUCCGUCUGAUAGAAGCGUCACAAGAAAAUAAAAAAAGGUGAAUGAGCGAUCGCUGUCGCUCAACCCCAUAUCCCUUUUUUAUAUAAUCCCUCAUAAUUUCCAAUUUUGCAAUCGCAAUGCUGAAACAAUCCCCUGAUAAGGUGCAGGUAGCACCCGCGUUAUGCGAGGUACGGUCAACUAUUGAGGUUGUUUUGGUGCGGAUUUUUUAGAGAGUGUUUCCGUAUGAAAAGCAAAGCUCAAGUGGAGGAGAGGCAGAGCAUCCUCCUCCAUCCACAGAGUCUCCGGUGAACAGAGAGACAGGGAGGGAUGCAGACAGAUGGACCAGGUGCCUGCCGUGUAAACAGGCGCUGAUUCGGCACACUUUUCCUCCUGUGUGUGAACCCCCCACAUGCGCAUCCACUGACAUACGGAUCCGUAUGAAGAAGAUCCGAGAGACCUUUUUUGAGAUAAGAUGAUCAUCAUCAGAGACAUGUAACAAUGACAAGCAGAGGGAACUGCUAAGAAAAAAGGAUUCCAGGGCAGCGGAGCAGCGAGUCAAAGUCUGCGGUGUUAUAAAGAGGAUUUGAGGAUUUAUAAUCCAACAUCAGACGCGCGGAUGUAAAUCCAAAUAACUUAUGUUAAUUGAAGAUUUCAACGAAGGCGAUACGAUUUGUCGCUUCAUCCACUGGCGUGUUCCUCCGCUCAUCUGGAAGACGUCUACAUCGGCUCCUCUGGAAAUUAAAAGAACUGUAUUUUUUGGAGACUGCUAAUUUUUACGGAGACUUUCCAUUUGAACUGAUUGGAUCUCUUUCGCCUCUAAUAAGUAAGUGAUGGCUAUCACUGGAGACUCGACAGCCAUGCUCGACACAUAGUGUGGAGUUGUUUUGGGGCUGAUUUCAAUGCGCACUGACAGCUUUGGACUCGACUAACGUCUCGCAGACUUUGUGGAAAAGAAGACCUAUGCGUGUCGUUGAUGUAUGGUGAGCUCCGUUUUGGUUCCGUAUUUCGGAUAGGAUCGCCUGUCCAAGCCUGAGAGAGGAGUCCACCACACUGACAUUCCCCACCAAGACGACACCAGACGGCUUCUAAUCAAUUUCAACUUCCCAACUGAAGUUUGGGCCUGGAAUAUAUCAAUAGAUGAUUUUCGGAGGACCAGAGACCAGUUACAUCUAGUGCAGCAAAAUGUUCAAAAGGGGCUGUGGGCUGGAGUUCCUGCUGGUCCUUUGCGGCCUGGAGCUCUCGUGGGCCUGCCCUCGUCACUGCAUCUGCUACACGGCGCCGAGCACCGUCUCCUGCCAGGCGCACAACUUCCUGUCCGUGCCGGAGGGCAUCCCGGCCAACAGCGAGCGCAUCUUCCUGCAGAACAACAAGAUCCACCGGCUGCUGCGUGGCCACUUCAGCUCCACCACCGUCACCCUGUGGAUCUACUCCAACAACAUCUCCUACAUCGAUCCCUCCACGUUCCACGGCUUCACCCUGCUGGAGGAGCUGGACCUGGGGGACAACCGCCACCUGCGCUCCCUGGCCUCGGACACCUUCCACGGGCUGAGCCGGCUCAACGCACUGCACCUGUACAGGUGCGGCCUCAGCGCCCUGCCCAACAACAUCUUCCAAGGCCUGAGGAACCUGCAGUACCUCUACCUCCAGGAGAACCACCUCAAGUUCCUCCAGGACGACACCUUCAUGGACCUCCACAACCUGAGCCACCUCUUCCUGCACGGGAACCGUCUGUGGAGCCUGCACCAGAACACCUUCAGGGGCCUGCGGGCCCUGGACCGCCUGCUGCUGCACCAGAACCAGAUCCAGUGGGUGGACCGCCUGGCUUUCCACGACCUGCGCCGUCUCACCACCCUCUACCUGUUCAACAACUCCCUGGUGGAGCUGUCCGGGCAGUGCCUGGACACACUGCCCGCGCUGGAGUACCUGCGCCUCAACGACAACCCCUGGGCCUGCGACUGCAAGGCCCUGUCGCUGUGGGAGUGGCUGAAGCGCUUCAAGGGCUCCACCUCCACGGUGGGCUGCCAGGCGCCCGCCCCCAUGCUGGGCCGGGACCUCAAGCAGCUCAAGCAGGAGGACUUCCCCCACUGCUCCCCCACAGUGCCCAACUCCGAGUCCCGGGCCCAGAGCAAGACCAACAACCUGUCCGGCACGGUCAACCCGUCUAUGAACGGCGGGGUGGUGGCGGUGGCGGCGGCGGGGGGGCAGACCCGCAUCGUGCACCCCCCGCCGCCGCCGGCCGCCCGGCCCGGACGGUCCCGGAACUGCACCAAGCCCCGCAACCGGUCCGGCGGCAAGGGCAAGGGCGACAACGAGGUGCACUCCAAGGAGCUGAUGGCCGACAAGGAGGACUCGUCCCCGGACUUCGGCGACGGGGGGAAGUACGACCACACGUCCCCCGACGGCACCGUCACGCGGAGGAAGCACAAGUGCACUCCCCGGACCACGGUGCGCCCCCCUAGUGGGGUGCAGCAGGCCAACAACAGGGCGGCGCUGCUGCACCGCUCCUCGCUAUACCUUGGCCUUCUGUUGGGGGCCCUGGUGAUCUCAGACAUGGCGCACAUCCUGCGUUGACCAGUAGGGGGAGGCGAAAAAGCUCAUGGAUAGAAAAUCGCGAAACCCCCUCGAGCGGUGCACAUAGGCCCCAAGGCUCAUAUGUGUGUGUCCUAUUGUGUGCGUGUGUGUGUGUUUUGAUGUUGUUGUGCGUGUGUGUGUGUAUGAGUGUGUAUGUGUGUGGAUGUGUGUAUGUGUAUGUUUGUGUACAAACUGUGUGUAGGGAGCAUUACUUUUCAGAGUAUGAAACCUCCAAGCAUCCAACAUGUAAGCAGAGAGACUCGUAGUACUUUUCGAGGGGCUACGAUCCGUGGGAAAAAGGGGGGAAGGGAAGAGGAGGAGAAAUGCAGCACAAGCUUGCACUGCCAUUAUAAUUAAACCUAAAAUUGUCUGUGUUUCUCAUUUUUUCCUUUAAAGCUAAGUCUUUCACUCAAACAAAGUUUCAAAGAUGAUCCUUGGAGACCAGAUGAAUGGAUUGACCAUUUUCCCCAUGAGAUGGGGAUGGAGAGAGAGUGUGUGUGUGUGUGUGUGUGUGUGUGUGUGUGUGUGUGUGUGUGUGUGUGUGUGUGUGUGUGUGUGUGUGUGUGUGUGUGUGUGUGUGUGUGUGUGUGUCUGUGUGUGUAUACAUGCAGGUGUGCUUGUGAGAGAGAGAGAGAGAGAGAGAGAGAGAGAGAGAGAGAGAGAGAGAGAGAGAGAGAGAGAGAGAGAGAGAGAGAGAGAGAGAGAGAGAGAGAGAGAGAGAGAGAGAGAGAGAGAGACGGUUAGAGAGAAACUAAGAGGAGGCAUUGCUGAGGACAGAGAGAAAACAGUUAUGUGAUGAAAAAAAUAUAAUGAAAUGUGCUAGUUAGCAACGUCAAGGAUACGCUCACGUUGUUCAAAGUGUCCAAUGGAGUUCAAGUUGCCAGGUCACAGCUCGUUAAGGAUGACAACACAGGGAAACAAGGAGCCUCCUUUCCUUGCUUUCCAAGUCAUCUUGCCAAACGUAUUUCUAUGUUGCUUCUUAAUCCCAUUCUUUGCUCACCAGCGGGGUUCACUUAAACAGGACGAAGGAAGGCAUCCAACACAUCCUCAUUCAGUAUCAAAACGAUGAAUGUGGUGUUGAACACGUCUGCGCAGCACGGAUCUAGCCAUGGCUCUGGAUGGGCGUGAACAUAAGCCCAGCCCGUUGAACCCGGACUCUGUAGGGUACGGUAGUGAAACUCUUCUGUUGCUGUCGGUGUACAAUGCCAGCUUUGUUCCCUGUGGUACCGUGAGAUUCCAUACCCGCGUACUUACACUAUUUUCCCCCAGUGAGCAUAGCAUUUCUAUGUCCAUCGUACCGAACGCUGUUCCCUUCUGUGCAACUGAAUACUAAGCUGUAAGCGUUAGCUCCUGGUUAGCCUGCUAUCUGCGAUCUGAUUUGCUCUGUUUCUUACCUUUUUUGGGGGGUUUAUUUGCUUGGAAAUCUGCGUCUGGCGAGGCUUCGACAGUUUGUCUAUAUCGUUGUAUCAAUUGUUCAUCGGAUAUUGUUUUUCAAAAGAUAUAUAUAAAAAAAAACAAGGACCUAGAGAUGCACCCCCGCCGAAACCCCUGCCUCAGGACAAAUGGAGGAGGGGGGGGGGGGGGGGGGGGGCGGAGCCUUAGGGGUCAGGGGUCAAAUUGAAUUUUUUUCCCAGGGCACUUGUGAGCUGAUCCUGGCAGUGUGUGGGCAUUCCCUCCUCAUUGACAAUUACGGACAUUUUGUUUUUUUUAUAUAAAAGUCACCAAAAGUCAAGGAAUAAAAAAAAAAAUACUUAAAAAAAAAAAAAUAAUCAUGUACCUUAAAUAACUUCUGUGAUUAAUAAAUUAUUCAACGAGAAAAAAGCAGCAACAUGACAUUACGGACAGCUUGGAGGAGCAGAUGUUUUCAGAAAGGAACUGCGAUCUCGUUCGCUGUCGCCAUGGACACAGAUGAAGAGAAUCAGCGGGAUUGGUCACAGCGGACGGACGGACAGACUUACUUCUUGUCUCCCAACAGGAAGUGGCACCCACAGGAGCACUUCCUGCCGUUCCAAAGUUUUUGAGCCUGUCUCCAAUCCAAUAACGAGAUGGUGUUUGUUACGAUGGUAGUGUGAACUGUAAAAACAUUAAAAACAGUGGACUCACUGCAGUGCGGAUAUUAAUCACUUACUGUAUUAUAAUGAGAAAAAACAAUAUUGCUGAUUUGGAUGAUAACAGGGUUUUGUACUCCUACUUUCAGGGGGGAGGAGUCUUUGUUCAUACUGAUUUGUUUGCACAAUUUCCGUUUUUUUUUUCCUUACAUUUUUUUUUUGUCUAAUUGUUCUAUUUACAUAAAACCUGAUUUGUGAAACAAUGCACAAUCCGGUCCAAACCGCCCCUGCUUCCCCUGUCACUCGCCCAUCCGACCUCUACCCUCUCCCCGCCAACGUCCAACGGUUCACUCGUUAUCAUCAAAGAGCAACAGUACAAAAUGUUUAUAAAGAUAUUAAAGUCUAUAUCUUCUUAUGUUGA